CCUGAUUCCAUUCUACUUAAAAGAAUCUGUGAGUUGUUUCCAAUUUGAGUUUCUCUCUCUAGACAAUCAAUAUCCUUCAUCUCUCUCCCUCAAGCCCCACCAUCACUUUGUUAAUUCAAAAAUAAAACAGGACAACAAUCACUUUCUUCCAAGCCAACCUCUCUCUCUCUCUCUCAACAAUGAAGAAUGAUCAGAAACAAAACCAAACAACUAAUCUCUUCAGUUCCCCAAUGCAUUUUUACACCCUCUUCACAUAUUUCCUUCUCUUCAGCUCUGGUUUAGUAAUUGGAAUCGCAUUUAGUCCCUACCUCAAACCUCUCCCCUUCAUUUCUAACCUCAAUCAACUCUCAAAUAUCCCACCACCACCACCACCAAACACCACACCAACAAUCUCAAACCAAACAAAAAGUUUCGAAAGAAACUUUUCGUUUGGCUCGAAAGAAAAUUUGAAGCCACCUCCUAAUGCUAUGCACGACAUGGAAGACAAAGAGUUGAUGUGGAGAGCUUCAAUGGUUCCUCAAAUUCAUCAAUUUCCACUCAAGCGUGUCCCAAAGAUUGCUUUCUUGUUUUUGGCAAGAGGAGAUUUACCAUUGGCCCCUCUUUGGGAGAAAUUUUUUGAAGGGCAUAAAGGGCUUUACUCAAUUUAUGUUCAUUCCAAUCCAUCUUUCAAUGGAACAGUGGCUAGAGAUUCAGUGUUUUAUGGGACAAGAGUUUUGAGCAAGAAGGUAGAAUGGGGAAAAUUCAACAUGGUUGAAGCAGAGCAUCGCCUUUUGGCCAAUGCAUUACUUGACUUCUCAAACCAACGCUUUGUUCUCCUCUCUGAGUCUUGCAUUCCCCUUUUCAAUUUCUCUACCAUCUACUCUUAUCUCGUGGGCUCAAUAAAAACCUUUGUGGAGGCCUAUGACUUACCAGGCCCCACCGGUCGCGGUCGAUAUAAACAUCGACUAAAGCCGCUAAUCACGCGUGAGCAAUGGCUUAAGGGAUCCCAAUGGUUUGAAAUGGAUCGUGAUCUCGCCCUUGAGGUAAUCUCCGACCAAAAAUAUUUUCCGGCAUUUAAAAGAAUGUGUAAAUCCUACUCAUGCUAUGCGGACGAGCAUUACUUGCCUACAUUUGUGAGUAUGAGGCUUGGGUGGAGGAAUUCGAACAAAAGUUUGACUUGGGUUGAUUGGUCAAGGGGUGGACACCAUCCAUUUCGGUUUAAUAGACAACAUGUGACCAUUGAGUUGUUGAAUAAGAUGAGAAGUGGAAGUCAUUGCGUGUACAAUGGAGAGAGAAGCAAUAUAUGUUUCUUGUUUGCAAGGAAGUUCUUGCCUUGCACUUUGGCUAGGUUAUUACUAUUUGCUCCAAAGGUCAUGAAAUUCAAUUAAUAUAUCACCCUUGAGAUUAUUGAAGGCACAGCAAAAAGCACACUGGAUUAAAAAUGAAAAAAUCAAAAUUUAUUGAAAUCAAAACCCCAUUACAAGUUUAU